GAAGCAUACGCAUGCGCGUUGCUACACGCGCAAGUGCUCCCAGCAGAUGUCAUCGCAAACGAUAACUAUCGCAGAGUUAUUAUGAUUCAAAAUCGUCAGCCGAUAUUGUGACAGAAAUAAUCUGCUUACGGAAUAAUUUAAAAAUCAUACAUUCACACAUCCAAAUCACAAUUCGCAAACAUUAAUUAUUUACUACAACAUGUUAUGUACAUAGUAAUGUGGAAAUUACUUACUUUUUUAUAUACUUGAGUUUUUAUUAUAAUAAGCGAGAAAUCAAGUUAUUUACCAGUCCGUUAUGUUUUAAAGAAAAAUAUUACAUGUAUACAUAUCAUAUACGUUUAAUCUCAAAGAAUUCUGAAGAAAUUACUCAGAAUGAGACAGAAAAAUAAAGUUACAAUAUCUGCAGUUGUGAGUUCCUUGGACAACGCACUUACCGAUUAGACAAAUCAUGGUCUUUUACAUAUAACUUAUAGUAUCAGUUAUCAACAGAAGAGACUGCUGCAAUAAAAAUGCAGCUCUACUUUUCAGUAAUUUGACUAAAACAACAAAAACGUUCUAUAAAUUGACAGUCAACUAAUAUUCCUAGUUAUAAACUUCAAUAUCUUUCUUUCUCUGCCAAUAUGUACGUUUUAAGCAUUAAAACUGUGAACUCUAUAAUUCGUUAAAUCGUGCGUAUUCCAUAUGGUAACUAUAAGGAAAGUAAAAUUCGCGUUGAGUUUAAUCGCAUAUCAUUACUUUGCCACUGUUGUUUGCCGCCCUGUUUACACAGGGCUUUUGGCGAGUGGCCAAAUUUCUCGUGUCUCGUUUAGUUUUUGGAACGUACUUCCCGAAUUUAGAGGAGGAAGCAAAACGUUCUGGCUUCCAUACAGUGUGAAUCAGAGUUCAGAUCUCGCGUAUCCCUUUGCCAAAGAACCGGUCGGUACACUCAUCGGUAUUUAUUGAGCGUCAGGCGUCCUCGUUCAUUCUGAUAAAUAAAUCAUUUCCAUUGUAAAAUCUACGCAAUCGUUCCUUCUGAACAAAUUCUUUAUUUAUUUUGUUCUCGAAUAGCAAAUUGCAAAAGCGACCUAAUUGCCUGAACCCUCUACUUUUCAAGAGUAUCGCGAAAGUGGCCUUCCGUGAAAAUUACGCAGCGGAUGUUAAUUGCCUUCCUUUGACUUUUACGUAUUAUUUCACGAUUAAACACUCGGGUAUCGUACGGUUAAUAGGAGAAACGAUAAAUAAUACAAGUAGCAUGUUGUAAUUUUAUACCUGACAAAUUGUACUUCUUUCCGUUGCAAAAAUGAAGCGAGAGCAAUAAUUGUACCUGAACGUUCAACAAAUUUGUCGAUGCUAGAGGAAUUUUUGAUUAGAAAAUUUCAUCGUACAAUUUCAUUUAUAAUGUAACUUAAAGGAUUAUGGCAAAUCGUUUCAUAGCCUACUAUGGUAUGAACAUUUUACAAUGCGAUAUAACAUAAAACCACUGACUUCUGAUAUAAUCGUCCACUAUUUCUUUUUUGAUAUUAAUAUUUUUCAAUCUUUUAAUUAAAUGAAAAUAUAUUUUAUUCUCUCAGUUUCAGAAAGCAACGUUAUUUCCUAUUAUGAAAAGCAAUUAUCAUCAUGCAGAUCUGUACUAUCAAUCCGUGAGCUGAUAUAAUAUCUUAAAUAAUAAACUGCAUUGAAAUUUAAUUUAAUGCAAAUAACGAUAUUUCUUAACAUUACAACGUAUCGUAGGCCUGAGUGCAAGCAACAACAACAACAACGACAAUCAGUUAUUGAGGAAAGAAGUAAAAUUAAAAUAAAUCACGAUGAUUGCUGUAAUUGCUGCUGCUGUUGUACAACCCCACAACGUACAUGCUAUAAAUAUGUGCAACCAGAGGUUCCAAAGUCCUUUGCUCCAAUUCGUAACAGUUAUUUUGAACACUUAUGUGUAAAACCUGAAUCACCCUGUAUACCUUGUGAGAAACAAUUGCUCGGUAGAGGUUCUAUACAGGAUGUUACGACUCAAAAACAUGACUACACAUGGAAGUCUAUACCACAAAUAGAACCUUAUAAAGCAGAGAAUAAUUUAUACUGCGCACCUGCACCGUUACUUGAUGAUACAACAUACAAAUUAAGCUAUUAUCAGUCUGGUUGUAAUCUACCUACGCUAUCUUAUGCUCCUAUAAGAAAAUAUGUUAAACCAAAUAUUCCAAUGGAAGACCAUACAACGUACAAACUUAGUUAUUGGCCAAAUAAAUCUAUGAAGGAAGAACCUUUAUGGCAGAGAAAAGAAUAUGUGCCACCUGUUGAACCGAUGGAUGGGUGCACAACCUACAAAUUAAGUUAUUGGCCACAUUCAGAAAAAAAACGUUCACCAAUCAUACUUCAACCAACUGAGAACCUUCUAAAUGCUGAUUGUUGCAUCGAGGAUAAUACAACUUAUCGUCUGAGUUACUUUGGCUGUGGAGGAGAUAAGCGAACUCCUAUUCAGCAACCUAACAAUAUUCCAUUUUCGCCUUGUUCUCUAUCUUAUGAUACCAUUCAUCGAAUGAGUUUCUUGGGCAACUGGUGUGUUAAACAAGAACCACCGAUUAUACCUUGCGAUAAACAAUUUUUAGGUAGAGGACCCAUACAAGAGGUAACCACGCAGAAACAUGAUUAUACAUGGAAGAAUAUACCAUUAGAACCAGAUGCUCGUCGCGCGGAUAAUCUUGUUCCUGCGUGUACACCUAUCGAAUGUUGUACUACUUACAGACUUUCUUAUUUAGAGAACGAUCUUAAAUCGUUAACACCUAUUCAUAAUUACGCACCAGUACGUACAUGCUGCUUACCAGAUGUUCCAAUGGAAGCAGAAACUGUCAUGCAGUUGAGUUAUCAGCCUGUGGAGUGUGCAGAUAAAGUUGAAAAACCAUGGAGUGAGAGACCUCCUUACCAACUUCCAGUCACUCCUAUGGAAGAUAAUACUACAUACAAUAAAAGGUUCUAUAUCUUACUUUACGAACGAUCGAACGAAUAGAAAAAUAAUUUAGUUUAAGUAUAUAUUAAAAGUUGUACUUAUGUAAAUUAUGACUAUUUUUUCAGUUAUAUUCCGCCUGGUACAUUGUGCCUGUAAUUCUGGCAUAUUUGCAUGCCUCUUUCAUCAGCAAAAACAUUAAGGUAAAAAUUUAGAAUAUUUUAAUAGUAUAUUAUACUAUUAGGUUGUUAUGGUACAACUAAUUUGGUUAAACUAUCAAUACAAAGUGUUAAAGCAUAGACAAUUAUAAUCAAAGCAUUCUACACUCUAUUAUUAGAAUACAAAUUACACGAUGAUAGGCGGAAUGUUAAAUUGUGUUACAUAUGAAGCAUCUGUUCCAUACACAGAUGAUACACAUAUACAAGAAAAUUGACAGUAUGCAUUCUUUGAAGGACACCAUCAAAGUGACUGAGAAUAAAAAUUAAGCUUGAAUGGGGUGAGUCUGAAUGUUCUACCUUUUCUUUAUAAACGUAUCUUUUGUAUAAUAAACUUACAUGUACCAUAUGAGUAGUACGACUAGUGAAAAAAAUGAAGAAGAAUCUAGUACAAAGAUCUGAUUAAUAUUUUAUUACGUACAAAAUAUUAUGUUGCAGACAAGUUCUAAAAAUAAUAAAUACAGACCAUCAAAAGUGUGUUUACUUUAUUAUGCAUUCCUUAUGGAUCCUUUAACAAUUUUUAUGUCAUCAACGGGUCUGUCAUUCUUAUCAGUUUCCACUAAUCCAAUCCUUUUCACUAUUGUCAUACCAGAAUGGAUUCUUCC